AUGAGCGGUAAGGAAGUGGAGUAUGUCGCUAUUUCCCAGGACACCACGGAGUCGGAUUUAAAACAGGCCCCGGUGCGAGCUGCUAUCAACGGUCGAGUGCUUGUGAUCGAUGACGAGCGCGUCCAGCGCGACCUCUCGAGUAUCAUCCAGUUUGACGAUAAGCAAGAUAAGGCUCCGGUCCGAAGUAUGUACCCUUUUAUCGAUCACCGCGCAUGGUAUCCUCCGUCUAAGUACCCCGAGCUUCAACACGUCCUUAUUGUUCCUGGAGUGUACGACGACAAAUCGUUCAAGCCCUUGGAGCUGAAGGCAUACGACUCCGACUUUAUGAACGAAAACAAAGAAUACACUGCCGUUACCAAGCAGACAUAG